ACAGACGGACAGGACACCGACUCCUCAGCGGAUGUGGGACCAUUAAAAACUUCUUGGACUGGGAACAAAAUCUUAUUUUGACAUUUCAUCACUCCCCCCCCCCUUUUUUUUCUUUUUGGGUUUUUAAGACAAAUGACGCGAGUGACCACGAGAAAAAGAACAAGAAAAAGAAGAAGAAGAAGAAGAAGAGGAACAAGUGCUCUCCAUCCGCUCAUAUUCAUCUCACUUACUCUGGGUGUUCGGGCUCCCAGCCAGCAGGAGAUGAAAAGCUGCCAAUGAGCGAAUGCUACGAUAAGUACCGGCCAUGGCUGCCCAUCGAAUUAUCAGAGUGACAAACAACAACCACAUCCUCCCUCGCUGUAAGUCGGAAGGGACGCUCAUCGACCUCAGUGAAGGAGUCACCGGAGCCAGUCUCAAUGAUGUCAAAGUGCCUUCUCCCAGUGCCUUAAGGCUGAACACUCCAGCCUCCUAUGGAGUUGCGCAGGAAGUGGUUGCCAUAAAGGAUUACUGCCCCAGCAGCUUCACCACGCUGAAAUUCUCCAAAGGUGAUCGCCUCUAUGUGCUGGACACGUCAGGUGGAGAGUGGUGGUAUGCCCACAACAACAUGGAAAUGGGCUACAUCCCGGCUGCCUACGUCCAGCCGGUCAACUUCAGGAACUCUUCACUUAGCGACAGUGGGAUGAUUGACAGUCUCGGGGAAGGGUACGAGGAUGGGUCAAAGGAGUUUGCAGGCAUGGGGGAGUGGACAGGGAUGACCAUUAAGCGUUCCCCAACUUACAACAACAGUCCCUUCUCUGUGAACCCCUUUAUCUGUCCGUUAGAUCAGAACUGCAAAGAUAUAGGUGUGAGGAACUCAGCAGACCUUAUUCUGUUUGAUGCACUGGCAUCUCCAUCAUCUUGCUCCAACUAUAACACUAGUACAAUCAUGACCAAUGGGUUCAGCAGCUGCCACAUUAACAAUACCAACCCCACCAGCCCAAACCAAGAAGUUGUACCUUACCCUCAAAGGGAUAACCCGUUUUUCAGGAGUAAACGUUCCCACAGUCUCUCAGAACUGUCAGUCCUGCAGGCGCAAUCAAAUCCAAUCUUGCCCUCUUCGGGAUUCUUCACAGGCCUUAAGGCUCCUUCACCGGAGCAGUUUCAGAGCAGGGAGGACUUCAGGACUGCUUGGUUGAACCAUAGAAAGUUAGCCAGGUCUUGUCAUGACCUUGACUCCCUAGGCCAGAGUCCUGGUUGGGGCCAGACGCAGCCGGUGGAGACCAACAUCGUGUGCAUGUUGGACAGUAAUGGAGGAGUUGUUCAGCUCCCAGACACUCUCAUCAGCGCACUCAUCCCCGAAGGCCACGUCAGCCAAGGAGACCACCAGCAGAUCUCCAUGAAAGCCUUACUAGACCCUCCUCUGGAGCUCAACAAUGACCACUGCUCCACCGUCAGCCCCGUGGUGGAGAUUAAGCUCAGCAACAUGGAGACUAAGUCUUUCAUCACACUGGAGAUGAAGGUAUCGGUAACGAUCAAGAGGGAGAGUUGUCACACUGCAGAGGUGCUCUGCGUUCGAAGCGACUGCAAAGAAGGGCCUUACACGCCCAUCCCUAAUGCUUACAUUUACAAGGAUACAAUCCAGGUGCAGUUGGAUAGUCUAGAGCCUUGUAUGUAUGUGGCUGCUGUGAUUCAGUCACAGCACAUCAGCCACAACACGACUGUUUGGGACCACGUGCAGAGGAAAGUAACUCUGGGAGUCUACGGACCCAAGCACAUCCACCCUUCCUUCAAAACAGUUGUGGCCAUGUUUGGACAUGAUUGCGCCCCCAAAACCUUGUUGGUAAGUGAGGUGGGUCGGCAGGCUAGCUCCACCCCUCCAGUGGCCUUCCAGCUUUGGGGGAGGCAUCAGUUCAUGCUGGGGUUCCCUCAAGACCUCCAGGUGGGAUUGUACUCCAACAUGUCCAACUACCAGGUGAAGGCGAGCGAGGGUGCAGGGAUGACGGGAUUUCAGGUCAAACUGGGGAAAGUCAGCAGGCUACUGUACAUGAUAACGUCACACAACCCUAACAGCAUCUCAGACUUCACUCUCAGGGUCCAAGUCAAGGACGCCCUCGACUGUAUCCUCACCCAGUUCUGCGUCCAAACUCCACAGCCACCGCCAAAGACCGUAGCGAGGAUAACGGGCCAGAGGAGGUUUCUGAAAAAGAAAGAGGUGGAUAAGAUUGUCCUCUCGCCGCUGGCUGUCACUUCCAAAUACCCAAAGUUUCAGGACCGGUGCAUUACCAACCUUAAAUUUGGCAAGUUGAUCAAAACAGUGAUUAGGCAGCACAAGAGCACUUAUCUGUUGGAGUACAAGAAGGGGGAUGUUAUUGCUUUGCUCAGCGAGGAGAAAAUCAAACUACGAGGGCAACUGCGGACCAAAGAGUGGUACAUUGGAUACUAUCAAGGGAAGAUAGGCCUUGUCCAUGCCAAGAACGUUUUAGUUCUGGGGAAGGUCAAGCCCAUUUAUUGGUGCGGCCCGGACCUGACAACAACCAUGCUGCUGGAGCAGAUCCUGAAGCCAUGUAAAUUUCUCACAUACAUCUACGCAACUGUGAGGACCGUUUUAAUGGAAAAUGUUGGCAACUGGAGGGCGUUUGCAGAUGCCCUGGGGUACGGGAAUUUGCCACUGAAUUAUUUUUGCCGGACCGAGGUGGACAAUGAGCCGGAGAAGGUGGCGUCGGUUCUUGAGAAACUCAAAGAGGAGUGUACAAAUGUGGAGAACAAGGAGAGGAAGUCCUUCCAGAGGGAACUCAUGAUGGCAUUGCUGAAGAUGGACUGCCAGGGUCUGGUUGCCAGACUGGUCCUGGAUUUCGUCUUGUUGACCACGGCGGUGGAGGUGGCGUCCCGGUGGAGGGAACUGGCCGAGAAACUUGCUCGAGUGUCCAGACAGCAGAUGGAGGCUUACGAGGCUCCGCAUCGCGACAAGAACGGUCUGCUGGACAAUGAGUCCAUGUGGAAGCCAGCCUACGACUUCCUCUUGACGUGGGCCGCCCACGUGGGGGACAGCUACCGAGACGUGAUCCAGGAGCUCCACCUCGGCCUGGACAAGAUGAGAAACCCCAUCACCAAGAGGUGGAAGCACCUGACCGGCGCGCUAAUCCUGGUCAACUGCCUCGAUACCCUCCGCAGUGCUGCCUUCUGUCCCACCGGUUAUGGAGAUUUUGCUGUAUGAAGAUUUUUAUCCACGUGGAGAACAUUUUUUAAAAGUCUGUAUUGUCUUCUUCGCCUCAUGGUGGGAGUUACUGGAACUCGGUACGUCUCGGUCCUAAGAUUUGUCUGUGGAGUUCAGUUGAUGCUGGUGAACAUUCGUUGUCUCUGUCAAGGACGGUCCAACAGGACAGCCUUGAGGACACAAAGUUGGGGAUUGAUGUCAGAGAUUGAAGCUUUGACUGUCCAGUUCAAGGUGCUUGGUAAAUCUCUAGGCUUUCCUCAGCCAGCGAUUAUCUGGUCAGAUCUCUUUGUCCUGGUCUCUUGUUUGGACUCUUGGAUCAGUAUUGGGGCACCGAUCGGUUCUUGUUGAGCGCCACUGGACGAUAUCUGGCUUUUGAUAAACUAGAAUCUGUUACAUUUGUCCUGCUUUCUUUUUCCUUUUACUCUUCUCCAUCUCUUUUCUACCUCCGACUUUCUCUCUCUCACUUUCUGUCUUUGUCUAUUGAGACUUUCUCGUUGUCUUUGUCAAUCUUUUUCUAUCCUCCAUUAUUACCUUCUCUCUUCCUCUCUCGCACUUGCGAAAGUCUCUGUCUCAUUACAGUUUGUAUGAUAUGUUAUUUCCAUUACCACAUCUCUCCGUCCACUCUUCUCUCCUUCACCCUCAGGACAAGAUAAGCGACCUCAACCACUGACCUUCCCGUACUUUUUAAAAGCAAAUUUUAGCCCCAUACUCAACUGACCGUGCUCACCAUCUUGACUUAAGCAUAAACAACAUUUCCCUCCAUGUAUGACUGGCAGUUUUAAUUAUUUGACUGCCUCUCACUGGCAGGUGUUUUUUCUUUUAUUAUUAAAUGAAAGUGAAUCAAACGUUGAAACAUUAAUUUUGUCAGUAAUUAGCUUGCCAAGAACAGUUAGCCCAAAGCUAACUUUACUUGUGACUCCAUGCAGUAUAUCUGUUUAUGCAAGAUAUACUUCUAAUUUUUAUACUUGCUCAAGAAUACAGAUUAUGUAUUAUUGACAGUUAUUCUGGUGUACAAUAUUUGGUUUGGUUUGCCCUUGUGGGGUGUAACUAGGGGAGGGUCAUUUAUGAACACUAAAGUUAGGUGUAGGUCUGAUUCUGAUUCUAAUUUAUUGUUGCUAACUUGACUGCGGAGCCCUAGAUAUCCAAAAAACGAUGCUAAAGUGUUACCCAGGUUACCCAUAGUUUGAAAUUUCAAACUUAAAAGUCAAAAUUACAAUAUUUUUUUCUGUCCAGGUAAAAACAAAACACAAACGUAGCUGAACGAACAUCAAAAUCCAGUUCCCUGUGCAGAAACUAAUGCUCUGUACUUUGAUAGACAGCAUUAGCCUAGCUAGUUAGCUUACUAACCCUAAGGAUUUCUUGCCUAUACUAUAAGUGCACCAUAUUUUUCACUGCAUUAUGUUUUGAUUUAUCGAGGUUUAAGUGAUGAAGAUGGAAUAAAAAUAUAGUUCAGAAUGAUAAACGUGUUUUUUGCAGAAUAACUAUGAUUAUUUUCUUGUGGAGGUAUUGGAGGAGAGUUAGUGUUUUAAUUAAAGACACAUCAGCUUGUUGAAGUCCGAUCAAACCUAUGAACUUGUGAGUUUAGGAGCGGGCCAUCACAGUUUCCAGCUCAGAUAAAUGAAAUGUGACUUUAAACUGUGAAAGUAUCAGAAAAUAUCUAGUUUUUGUAAAAUUUAUAUUUAAAUUUGGUCUUUGAUUUGUAUUGUCAAGUAUAAUCAAUCAACUUUGAUGCUUUUAUUGUUAAUUUUAGUUUCUUUUCAAUAUGUUUUGUGGCUGCUGCAGUGUCCCUGUACGUGUUUGGAAUAUGAACAGAAAAUGUGUGAGUUUAUAUAUUUGUACUUAACGCCGAUCGAGUAUUGACACAUUCUUUAGAGAUGUCGUUUCUGUGCCUGUGACAGGUCGCAGAUCUGAAAUCUGCUCGUUGUUUCUGUUCAAUAAAACAGAAAAUUUAAAACAACA